AGGUUAAAAAAAGGAAGAGGAAAAAAGAAAAAUACUCCAAAAAGUCUAUUAAAUUAUCUGUAAUUUGAAGAAAUGGGGAGAGGGAAAGUGGAAUUGAAGAGAAUAGAGAAUCAAACAAACAGGCAAGUCACCUUCUCCAAGAGAAGAAGUGGUUUAUUUAAAAAAGCUUAUGAACUCUCCAUUCUAUGUGAUGCUGAAGUUGCUCUUCUUCUUUUCUCUCCUUCCGGAAAAGGUUACCAAUUCGCUAGCCAUGACAUCGAAAGGACCAUUUUAAGGUACAAGAAUGAAGUUGGAUUGUCCAAAAAUAGCGACCAAGGCCUCAGAGCUAUGGAGGUUUGGAGAACUAGGAUUGAUGACAUGACAAGAACAAUACAUGAACUUGAAGCCAGAGAUAAGCAUUUGGCUGGAGAAGAGUUAUCAAGUCUUGGCAUGAAAGAAUUGAAGCAGUUGGAGCGUCAGCUCAGAGUUGGGGUUGAACGUAUUCGAUCUAAAAAGAGACGUAUCAUUUCCGAACAUAUCCACUGGCUUAAGAGAAGGCAUAAAAUCCUUCAUGAGGAGAACAUCCAUCUCCAAAAGCAAGUAAGGUUGUGUGAAGCAGAAGGGAGCUCAAGGAUUCUCAAUUUAAAUGCAAGUGAGUUACUUUCUGAGGGAUGACGAAUAUAUAAUUUAUAGAAGCUUUAAUUGCAUGGUUGUGUAAAGAGUCUACCCUAAAUGAAUGUAACGUAGCAUAUAUAGAAAUAGCGUGUACGAUAUAUUUUAAUUUUUUUUUAUGUUAUGUGAAUAUACUUAUUUAUUUUCUAGAAUUUUCAUUUCAAGUCAAUGUCGGGUAAAAAAAGAAAAAGAAAAAACAAAUUGUAUUGUAU